GAGAUGAGAUAAUUGGCGAGAAGCUGCGAGAACGUAGAGCGUUGCUUAGCAACUAAUCACGCUAGGUGAGACCAGGCGGUAGAAGAGGACACGGGACAGUCCUAAGAGAAAGAUCAAACUAAAAACAAGUCCUGUGGAAUAAACUGCGAUGGUUUUAUUCAUCAACGUUCACGUUGGUCAGCGUGUGGAGGUGCUGUAUCACGGGACGAUCGAGCACGGAACCGUACGCUACACCGGGCAUCUGAACGGGAUGAGGGGCAACUGGGUGGGCGUGGAGUUCGAUUUUCAAGUUGGGAAACACAACGGCACGUUCCUGGGACGUCACUACUUCUCGUGUAAGGACGGACACGGCGUGUUUCUCCACGCCUCCAGACUCAGGUUUGAGAGCACCAUGGGAAGGUGGACGCACGACCCGUACAGAACCGUCAGUCCCGUGUCGGAAUACGACCCGCUACUGUUCGGCGAAAGAGAAAGGCCAAGAACGAGACGUCCAGCCAGCGUCACCAGGUCAUAUAAAGACCAGGCAGUGGAGGCUUUCCCUGGUGUUCACUCCAUGUUCUCGUCGCCAAGAAGCUACCACCUGUCUCACUCCGUGGGGAACCACAUUCCCGCGGCGACCAUGCGGCCACAGUCCGCCAUGUCUGCUUUCAGCUACACGUCGUCACCCGUGCAUGAAGAGUAUGACCCGUACGAGAGACAGUUCAUCUCCAGUCCGACCAUCCCAAAGACCCACAUGCCGCACUCUGCUCAGAUCGGGAUGGCUAGGAGGGGUGGCUGGGAGAGAUAUGGGCUAAGUCUGCCCAGGGAACUCACCUAUUAUUGAACCAACAAUCAGCAACAACUUGCAGUAUUUCUAAGAACUGAAAGAAGUCUCUGUUGCACUGUCCUGGCAUAAACAAGUGGCUUCCUCACAAAGACAGCAAAAAAGAGGUGUUU